UGUCUUGCGUGUUACCUGUAGAAAGCAUGUUCGAUAUGUGUAUGCACGCUGCAGAAAAGAAUAGAUCACGCACUUCUUAUAUUCAACACUUCCCUGUAUCGAAUAUUUUCUCCAUUGUAUUUCAGGUAAGUCAACGUGGAAAACAGAAAACCGUUUCUUGCUUCUGGAGUGACUUUUUUUAAAUAAAUAACAAUAAUACUCAAAGAAAUAAGCCGUUGUAUCACAUGGGAUGUUUCUGGACUUGAUUGGACUUGAGAGAACUUAACGGGACUUCAGCAGACUUCAAUGGACUUGAGUGGACUUUAGCGGACUUUGGCGGACUUGGUGGACUUUAAAAGAUCUGAGCGGACUUUAAAGUCUAUAAAGUCCGCAGUUUCCCCCUUGGGAAAAACCCAGCUGAAACAGAAAAAUUUCAGAAAAAAAAGCAGAUCUAUCAAAGCCGUGCGAGAAAUAGUGAUUUCCUUUUUUCUUUUCUUUUUGUUUUUCUUAUACAGGUUAUAUAUAUAUAGUGUGUGUGUACUCAUGUUAUAAUGUGCGUUAUAUAUAUUUAACAUAUAUAUUAAGACUGUUCGGCUUGUCUGGCUAACGGUCCCCGUUUUUCACUCAUUUUCAAAGAAUGAAAUCGUUGCAAUAAAGCUAGGAACUAAUUUCAAAUUCGAAAUAGAUGAUCUAGUAGAAUAACUAUUUCUCUAAAAAAUGAGAAAUAUCUCGACUCUGAAAGCUGAUUAGUUAUGAAAAUACAGUUAUUUUACAGUUACUUUUUCAAAUAGCUUCAAAAAGUCGAUUUUGGGGCUAUUUGAAAAAGGGUUUUGAGAGGGUGAAGACGAUUGAGCAAAUAUUCUUAAAGCAUACCACUUUGUAGAGAAUUGUUUGCUCCACAAGAUAUGAGAGUUUUUAAAGUUGUAAACUAUCUUAAUUAAUCUUCAUUAAUAAAAGAAAAACAAAGAAAAUGGUAAUGCACGCACAUUUUUCGUGAGUGCGUUACCAUUUUUUUUUUCUGUAUGACUGCAUGAUAAACGUUUCGAGGGUUGAUAAAAGCGUUUAGGAAAAGAUAUCGUAGAUUAACCAACUUAUUUUUUUUACAGUGUAGAUUUCUGGUUUCUACCGAUGACUAUGAUGCAUGAAUGGAGAAGAGCCUGAUACGUUGAAUACCAAUUCUUACUGAGGGAGUCGAUUUCUGAUUUCCGGUUUUCUUCCUCUUUCAUAGAGAGUUCUGGUAUCAAAGUAAGAAAUCAGAAAUCAGAAAUUUAGUAGAAACUGGUUGCCGUUUGAGAUUUGCCAUGACCUCUCUGUGAUAGAUUAGAUAUUCCUUCAUUCUGCAGUUGUCAAACGACAGCCAUGUCUCGACUCGAAAAGAAGACAAAGCUAGAGGUUUCUGCCACUGCUACAACAAUGGUAAGCAGGAGCGUCUUGUCGACGAAUCUUUCCAGGAACGUCUCUUUUUAGGACAAAGAUGGAGACGGUGAUCCAACACGGGUGAUCGAACACUUCAACAGCUAUUUACAGGAUAAUUACAAGACCUCUCCAGCCUUCUUCGUGGGUACACUGGAACAAGCCGUGAAAGCAGCUUUGCAUCCCAAUGCUCUCGAAGAUGUUCGUCUUGCUCUCUCAUGCUCAUGGCAUUGAUCUUCUCUUUAUUCUAGCGUCCUGACCUAUCUUCAUCAUGACAAAAGUGUAUUCAACCAUCUUUUCUGUUCGGAAAUCUUUUGCAAAGGCGGGCUAGUCGACUUCCUCCUGAAGAACUACAUAGUCUGGCCGUGGGAUAUCACUUCAGACGCGAAUCAAGCCAGACUGUGGAAUGGUGGUUUCCUCUCUUUCUUGAUUUGGUCAUUCCUGGUCUUCAAAUGGAACAUUAUCCAAUGCUGAUCGGAAUCAUGUUGCGUGGGCUCCGAGAAGAAGCGCGCUAUCCUCUAUCCAAAUAUUAGUCUCAAGUCUUACAACGAUGUGAUCUCCUACCACAGAUAGAGAAAAGAUCAACCAUUGAGAAUGUUCUCGACGCGCUGCGUACCUUCAAAGAAGAAUCGCUUCGUAAUCAGCAGUUUCUCAUCCCGUUUGAUUUUGUUCGAUCCACUAAAUUAUGUCCAGAUGUUGUCAUCGAAAUUAUCAAAUAUCUCUCAUUGGUCGACACCAUCAAUGCGUUCUCGCUGAGCAUUCUUCGAUUGCUACAAGAAGCACAUGCGAAGUUUCAUCUAGUCAAUCCUUCGAACCCGUUGCUUCAGAUAGUCGGUGACCAUAUCGAUCCGAGACAAAUCGUUUCGCUUCGUAUCACUGACGAUUUUCGGAUCGCAGAGCACGAUCUUCCAACCUUUCGGAUCUUUGAUCAACUAACCACUGUGACUUUACUUAGUCAAUGGGGAACACAUGUAAUCGAUAAUCUCCGACGUUAUUUACCCAAUCUUCACCGUCUCUCCUUCUGCUGUGGAGAUUUUCGUAUUCAAUGGAUACGUCUCCGACAACGUACUGAUAUUCUCUCCAAACCAAGUGGAAUAGAUUUACUCGACCGAUUGUCGAUCAGCAUUGCCAAGCAUUGGAUCAUAUGGAGAUUUCAUAAUCCUCAUGCACAACGACAGGCGAGGAAGGACAACAAUGAAGACGAUGAUCCAACACGAGUGAUCGAACACUUCAACAGCUAUUUACAGGAUAAUUACAAGACCUCUCCAGCCUUCUUCGUGGGCACACUGGAACAAGCCGUGAAAGCAGCGUUGCAUCUCGAUGCUAUCGAAAAUGUGCAUCGAGUGAUUAUACAACUGGUGGAUGAUGGAGACUUUACACGAAUAGAACACGACAUCGAACAAGAACUACGUCUUAGUCGACCAGAAAUGAUCUUUCGAAUCAAAAGUGCCUAG